CUUUUCCUCUGCUCACCGUUGCUUUCCAUUACUAUUCUUCUUUCUCCUUAUCCAGAAGCUGCGAUGUCACUUUUUCUAUAAUCAACGAGCAUAAUGUAAUUUUUUGAAAUUUAAUGGCACUCCUGUCUUGUCGAUAGAGUUUUUAAUGCUAAACCUGCAGUGUUUUGAGCAUCUCUUCUGUUUAAACUUCCCUAUUUAGUUUCGACACUAAUUAUGGAUAUUACUGUUACUGUUCUAUCGAAAUAGCUGAUAACACCAGGUAUUACCAAAAUGGGGGUAUAGAAACUGGAUUCUACUGAUUGUAGUUAAGAUUAAUGUAACUUCUGUUAGUAGAGAAGGAUUGUCGUGAAUCGUGUUGAGGAAGGAAGCAAGGGAAUCGUUUGGGAUGGCUUUUCCAAUCUCCCUAUAUUUUCUCCUUCAUGUUUUAAUACUUUUGAAUGAUAUCACAGUGUCGUCGUUCAAUCCAUGCAGCGGAUUCCACCUAGUGGGAUAGAACUUCUUGUUGUUUUAAUGCUUUUGAAGUAUUGCACGCUAUGAUCGUGUGUGAUUGAAAUUGACAGUUGGCACACGCAUAGUAUGGUAAUUUGUUAGCAAUUUAUCAUCUCAAUCAUAUGGUUUCGAACAACAGCCAGAUAAGCAUUACGAAUCCUCAUAUUAUCUCUUGUUAGUUGGUUAUCCUUUUUCCAUGACGAGAAGGAAGAUCGGAAGGGAUAUUGUUCAUAACCCCAAACAUUUGAUGCAAACCAUCAGUAGCUAUAUUAGAAAGGUGGGGGUGUAUGAUUGGCGCCACAACUUAUCAGUAACUUUAGGUUUUCGGCAAUGGUUCUCUGCUUUAGAAAAAAUGGAACUCAAUGAUAGCGGUUUAAACAACCAUCAGAGUCACUCUUCAGAGGGUUCACAUGAUGCCAGAAAAGAGAUAUCCGCUGGGAAAGAAGGUUUUGUAAAUCAUGCUGAGAUUGCUUGGCAUCAGGAGAGGAAAGAGUGGGUUGGUGAUCGGUCUAAAAGAUUGCUGAGACCACCUAGAGAAUCAAUUAUGAGUGAAAGGAAUGGGGCAGAAAGUGUCACGAGUCUCAAGGAGACAAGGACAAAGGAAUAACCAUUUCUUAGGCUAGGCUCACUCCAUGAAUAAUGUCAGGACAAGUGAAGACUGGUGACUAGCUCCAUUUUCUUAUCAGCCCUUUUAUGCAAGGGAGUAGAUGAGAGGAUCUUGAAGUGACUAAUAGUCUUUGUAAUAAUGCAACUUUCUGGCUUCAUUCUGAUUAGGUAUGCCACUUGGCUGAUCGCCAUUGUUAGUGUGCAGACAAUUUCCCCAGCUUGGAAAUUUCCAUUUGGAGUAUAAUAUUUUGACAUCAGCUCCCAAGAAAAGAGUGUAAUAUUUUGACAUAAAGAGUCAUGCAACACCCUUUUAAUCAGCCCUUAAAAGUCUACUCCAAACAGUUCAGUGUGAUUGAGCUGUGGGAGUAGCCUGUGGGUAAGGAAUAGGGGAUUUCUGUAGGCCCUAACAAUGCAAUUAAAAUUGUGAGACAUCAUAAGCAAAAGGGAGAAAUGGUAUUGCCAUUCAAAUAGACCCCUGCAAAAGGGUGAUUUACCUUAUUGGCAUGGACUUGGUCUCAAGUUAAAUGAUGACUUGAAUACUUUCUACAA